AUGGUCAACAUUACGGAGAAGAUCAAGGAGAUUGAGGAUGAGAUGAAGAGGACACAAAAAUACCACCUGGGACUUUUAAAAGGAAAGCUCGCUCGCCUUCGAGCCCAGCUGUUGGAGCCCGGUCCCGGAGCCGGCGGCGGCGGCGGCUCGGGCUUCGACGUCAGCAAGAGCGGCGACGCGCGCAUCUCGCUGGUCGGCUUCCCCUCGGUCGGAAAGUCGACGUUCCUGUCAAAGGUCACUAAAACGCGGUCCGAAGUCGCUUCCUACGCCUUCACCACCCUGACGGCCAUUCCCGGCGUGCUCGAGUACGGCGGCGCCGAGAUCCAGCUCCUCGAUCUGCCCGGAAUCAUCGAGGGUGCCGCCGAGGGCAAGGGUCGAGGGCGCCAGGUCAUUUCGGCCGCCAAGACGAGUGACCUGAUCUUGAUGAUUCUUGAUGCGACGAAAAAGGCGGAGCAGAGGGCGCUGCUCGAGGCCGAGCUGGAAGCCGUCGGUAUCCGGCUAAACCGCGAGCCACCCAACAUCUACCUCAAGGCCAAGAAGGCGGGCGGCAUGAAAAUCACCUUUCAGACCCCGCCAAAGUACCUGGACGAGAAGAUGCUCUACAACAUCCUGCGCGACUACAAGAUCCUCAACUGCGAGGUGCUGGUGCGCGACGAGUUCGCGACCGUCGACGACUUCAUCGACGUCAUCAUGAAGGACCACCGCAAAUACAUCAAGUGCCUGUACGUGUACAACAAGAUUGACAGCGUGUCGCUCGACUUUCUCGACAGCCUGGCCCGCGAGCCCCAAACCGUCGUCAUGAGCUGCGAGCUGGACCUGGGCAUCCAGGACGUUGUCGACAGGUGCUGGAAGGAGCUGAAUCUGAUCCGCCUCUACACGAAGCGGAAGGGCAUCGACCCAAAUUUCAGCGAGGCCUUGAUUGUGAGGAACAACAGCUCCGUCGAGGACGUGUGCGACCGGAUCCAUCGCAGCAUGAAGGACACAUUUAAGUACGCGCUGGUGUGGGGAGCGAGUGCGCGGCACAUACCGCAGCGAGUCGGACUGAGCCAUGUCGUCGCCGACGAGGACGUCGUCUACAUUGUCAGUGCAUGGCGGGCAUGA